AUGCCAGAAAAUGGCCCUGUUCUCGAGGGAGAUCAACCUCUGUCGAGAACACCGGGCCUGGUCCUUGUCAUGAAUACUCCGAAAGGCAGAGGAGUCUUUGCAAUACAAAACAUCCCCACCGGAACAGUCGUAGAGGUCAGCCCGGUCCUGAUCUUCAGCGAGGAUGAAGUCGCCAAACAUACUCAACAUACUUGUCUGCAGCACUACACCUACUAUUGGCCCGCCGAUUCCGGACGAACCAUGACCCAAGCACUCGCUCUGGGUUUGGGAUCGAUGUUCAAUCACUCAAUCCGGGCGCAAAAUGUGGGAUGGAAACGAAACACCGAGACCGACGUUAUCGUAUAUACGGCCAUACGAGAUAUUAAAGCGGGAGAGGAGCUAUGCAUCUCGUAUGGAAGUGUGAGGUUGUGGUUUGAGGAUGUCGACGGCAAAGAGGACUCGGAACUGACGACAAGUGACGAGAAUGACACCGGCGGAGAGACCUUGGCUGAGUUAGAGUUGAGUGGCUUGGACAGGAUGGAUCUCUGA